CUACGCAUGCGCGAAUCCCACAACCACCAUGCGUUUUAGACCUACCCAUGCGCAACCAGUUAAACAUACGCGGAGAACCGUACUCUACCGAGGCUGCCAACAGUAUAUUAUAUGUAUGUAACGUGGUGUUGUUUGUGAAUGUCGGGAGCAGCAUGUUGAGGAGGAAUCACGGAACAGCUGCAGAGGGAUCGGCUGGAGGGUGCUAUUCCUGGCUCAUCUUUCAGAUAAGAUUCAGCUGGAAAUUAUGAUCAUUCAUCUCCAGUGAAGAAAUUCUCUAGAGAUACAAAUUGUGGACCCUCCUGCUCUUCGCCAUCAGUAUGUGGUGACUGGGGUCUGAAGACGCAGUGUUUCCGGCAGCAGCAUCAGCAGGCAGUUUAGAUGAAGGAUGAAGAGCCCAGUGCAUAGAUACAGGGACGUAGAGCAUGGGCGUGGGCAUGCCGGGGAUGGGGCAGGAGUCAACUGCCUACCGGCUGAGCAGUGCAUCCCCAUUUCCAAAGAUGUUAUCACUUCCUCCUCUGCCUCUGCCAUGUGGUUCAUCUGGGAUGUCUGCGGCAUAGUGUGCGCGGUCAUCACCUGGCUGCUGGUGUUGUAUGCUGAGUUUGUGGUGCUGUUUGUUAUGCUGCUGCCCUCCAAGAGUCUGACAUACAGCAUUGUGAACGGGACCCUGUUCAACACUCUGGCCUUCCUAGCCCUCGCCUCACACCUCAGGGCCAUGUGUACCGACCCUGGGACGGUACCAAAAGGGAAUGCUACUAAGGAAUACAUAGAAAGCCUUCAGUUGAAACCAGGGCAGGUGGUCUACAAAUGUCCAAAGUGCAGCAGUAUCAAGCCUGACCGAGCACACCACUGCAGUGUUUGCAAACGCUGUAUACGGAAGAUGGACCACCACUGCCCCUGGGUCAAUAACUGUGUUGGGGAGAACAACCAAAAAUACUUUGUGCUUUUCACAAUGUAUAUUGCACUCAUCUCUCUCCAUGCUCUGGUCAUGGUGGUCUUCCAUUUCCUCUAUUGCUUUGAAGAUGAUUGGACAAAGUGCAGCUCCUUCUCUCCCCCAGCAACAGUCAUCCUCCUCAUACUCUUGUGCUUUGAGGGUCUCCUCUUCCUCAUCUUCACCUCUGUGAUGUUCGGCACCCAAGUCCAUUCCAUCUGUACCGAUGAGACAGGUAUAGAGCAGUUGAAAAAGGAAGAGAGAAGAUGGGCUAAAAAAACUAAAUGGAUGAACAUGAGGGCAGUGUUCGGACACCCUUUCUCCUUAUUGUGGUUUAGUCCCUUCUCCACACCUGACCAUGGGAAGGCUGAGACAUACCAGUAUGUGGUGUGAAAGCUCAGCACAGGGAACAAGGCAGCUGUGUCAGAAACAAUGUGGGAGGCACGGUCCAACCCCACAGAGCAGACAUUUGCCGUUUUGUUGCUCCCAAUGCUGAACACGGUUUACUCUGGAUCAUGGACAGCUUCUCAUCUCUUUGUGUUGCCAAACUAAGUGCGCUAUACUUUCAGUUUUGUGUUGUUAAGUCGCAGAGAAAAAGAAACUUUCAGUUUAUGUAUCCUGUUUGCAAACACUGUGAUUAAUCUGUUUUUUUCUGACCUUCUCUCUGUGUGUCUCUUUCAGUCUUUUCUUGCUUUCCCUUUAGACAUUAUUUCAGCUUUUUUUUUUUUUUUAACCACCUUUCCCUUAAUAUAUUACGUUUACUGCCAAAGAAGAAAAAAAACAACAAACAGGACAUUGCUUCUGGCAAUAAAUAUAAUUUGCUUUUUUUAAAGUUCAGAAACAUCACAAACUACAUACAAGAGGUAAGUGAUAAAUAAUUUUUGUGAAUUUUUCAAAGUGACAUAAGGCCGCUGCAACUAUUUUACCUCACAUCAUUUUGAUGAUGCCACUGACUGACUAAAUGCAUCCUAAGAUCUGAUCACUCAAGCCAACUGUGGAGGUGGUCUGGGAAGCAUGUGAUCAAUUUUUUAUUGCUAUAUGAGAGCAAAUGCAUUCUGGGCCACAUAGGAAGGGUUGCAUACUCAUCUUAGCUACGACAGUUUCACAAUGAGUUUAAAUUUUAAAAUUUAAUAAAGAAUCUAACAUUUUUACACUCAGUGCCUGUACAUUUGUCUGAAGCAACAGCAAAAAUAUCAACACUGAUAAUAACUGACAUAAGGAUUGAUGUUUUCCUUGAAUUGAUAAACACAUCACAGCUACAUGAGAUUAAUUCAACCCCUCCAGACUCUUCCUCCCUACCUCUUGCUCACUUGCUCACACCAACCCACAGACGCAGUCACAUCUGCAUAUCCAGCCUGGGUAAAAAUGUGAACCAAAACAAUGUAUAUAAUUAGUUGCAUUUAGAGUGGGAAAGAGAGAUCUUAAUGCAAGUGGUCACAGGAGACAUAUUUAUGCAUUUAUGUAAAUUGUGACACGUAUUUAACACUCUCCACUUGUGAUUGAAUCUUUCAUGAUGGAUGUUAUUACUAGGUGUGACAGGGCCUCUGCCCAGAAAACCCGUUCUUACACUGAUUGAGCAUCAAACAUUGUUCAAAAAAACAGCGUUUAAGUACAUCUAUUAUUUAGCAAAAAAACUAUACAAAAAAUAUAUACAGUAUAUCAGGAGUUUGCCGUGUUUGUUUCAGUGACAGCAACUCCUGUUCAGGAAGCCAGGGAUCAUAAACACUGUUGGGCCUUGUUUCAGUUUAGUGAGUGUGGCUAUGCAGUGAGAGAUUGAUGGGCUGUGUUCUCUAUACAUGAAAACUGCACAACGGCCAUGACUCUGAGCUGUUGCUCAGAUUACAUAAGCUGUUUUUAAGACAUUUGGGUUUCCUGAGUUUUUCUUUGACACAUUUACAACACAGUGGGAGAUUCUCUGCUCAGACAUGUUCACAACUGCAAAAUAUCAUUAAACGUUGAAUGGCUGUAACUGACAGCAAAAAUAGAGGUAUAUGAAACUAUUUAAUAUAGAUAGGUCACAUCUACAUAAAUGAUCAUCAGAGAGAUCGCUGAUUUUGAUGCCUCACUUCAGAUUGAUCCAUCUCAAUUUAGAAUACACAGCAUUUAUGAAAUAAGGUCUUACCCUAGCAAUGAAAAGAAAAACUCAUAGAAGGCUGCUGUAAUCCAAGAGGUUACCACGGUCAACUUUCUCAGUAUGGAGCACACUGGACACAUAACUUUGUGUUUAAAAAUCUCUUUCAUGCUGGACACAGGCUGGCUAUUCGCUCCGUUCUUUUGUCUAUGGCUCUCAGAGGACGUCUAACCCGAUCCUGUGUGCAGCAUUUCUGUCUCCCUCUGUGACAGUUGUCAAAUACCCACCAGGCACAGCUAGAGGUGCUCCCUGAGCCGCCGCCUCAUCCACAGCUGUAAAUCAUUUUGAUUAAUGAUAAAAAUGUCUCUUUUUGUUGUUUUAGUUUUUCCCAUCAAACAAAAUCAGUUUUCCAGCCUGCUUUGCUCGUUUUGUUGAAUCAUUGUUGCACUGUUAAUUACGGAAAUGAAAUGGCUUUGUCUGUGCAAAAUACAAAUGUCAACUUGCAGUAUCCGUAUUCUCCCCUUUUUUGUAUUUUCGUAGAAAAGCUUGGACUGUUGCAGUAACACAGAUCUCUUUCUCUCUGUCUGUCCCUCUCUCUCUCUGUGUUUAGCUAUACAAUUAUCUCUGCUGGAGAAAAGUAUUAAAUCCUGUUCAAGAGAAGCUGUGUACAAAACUUCUGCAUAGAGCUUAUGAGCUUAUUUAAGAUUUUCACCUGUGGGAACUGCCCUCUGCAUUUCAUUCCUCUGUUUUUUAUUCACAUGAUAUUGUGUGAAUCUUUUUUUUUUUGGUGGGGGGGCGCUGUGGAGAAAUUUGAAUUAUUUCCAAAUAUCC